AUGCCUCCCAAACCUGCAGUCCGUGGCGAGUACAUUGAAACUGAAACCGGCAACAAAAUCAAUCGGAAAGCCAGUGUCCUUGGACCGCGUCAUAUUAUUUUGGCGGGCAAGUGUGUCAUCCAGCACGACGUCGUGAUCCGCGGUGACCUGGUCCGUCCUUCGCAACCCAAACCCCCGACCCAGCAGGGCGACCAGAAGUCGGCCAGCCCUGAUCAGACCUCCAUCCACCUCGGUCGAUACGUCUUCAUCAGCCCUGGCUGCACCCUCCAUCCCCCUUCCCGGCUCACCACGGUCGCCAGUCCCAAUGGCGGCGAGCCACAGCAGAUCAUGACCUACUUCAUGCUGAGAAUAUCCGACUACGUCUACAUCGGCCCCAACACGCACGUGAGGGCGGCGGAGAUCAAAAGCAACGUCUACAUUGGUGCCAAUUGCACAAUCGGGAAUAUGGUCAUUAUCAAAGACAACGUGAAGAUCCUCGACGGCACUGUCCUCCCUCCCAAUACCGUCUGGGCCGGCGGCACCGUCAUUGCGGGCAGACCUGGGAGAGUGGUUGGAGAAAUCGGCGAGGGUUGGGCUGCCAGCGGGACUAGUGGCUCGACUGUGGAUGAGGGCGUCGGAAUCAGAAGCAGAGAGAGGUGGGCAUCUGUUGGGAAUAAGCGGUGA